CCUCUGACGUCAUCAUCACGCGCCGCCCGAGUGGAAACCCGAAAAAACGUGGAGAAACGCUUGUCUCCUUUGGCUCGGCUGUCAGGCGCAAUGGCGGCCCCGGCCCAGCAGCCUCCUCAGCCUGGGGGUGGGAAGCGCAAAGGCAAGGCUCAGUACGUGCAGGCCAAGCGGGCUCGGCGCUGUGAUGCGGGCGGGCCGCGGCAGCUGGAACCUGGACUGCAGGGAAUCCUCAUCACCUGUAAUAUGAACGAACGCAAAUGCGUGGAGGAGGCCUACAGCCUGCUCAACGAAUACGGCGAUAAUCUGUACGGGCCCGAAAAGUUCACAGACAAGGAUCAGCAGCUCUCUGGAAGUGAGGGAGAAGAUGAUAUGGAGGCUGCCUUGAAGAAGGAGGUUGAUGACAUUAAGGCUUCUACAGAGAAGAGGCUAAGAAGAUUCCAGUCAAUAGAGAGUGGAGCAAAUAAUGUAGUCUUCAUCAGGACACUUGGGAUAGAACCUGAGAAAUUGGUGCAUCACAUUCUCCAGGAUGUGUAUAAAACUAAGAAGAAGAAGACUCGAGUUAUUUUGCGAAUGUUACCCAUCUCAGGCACAUGCAAAGCUUUCUUAGAGGAUAUGAAAAAAUAUGCAGAAACAUUUUUGGAACCCUGGUUUAAAGCACCAAACAAAGGGACAUUUCAGAUUGUGUACAAAUCUCGUAAUAACAGUCACAUGAAUAGAGAAGAAGUUAUCAAAGAAUUGGCAGGAAUUGUGGGCUGUCUGAAUUCAGAAAACAAAGUGGAUCUCACCAAUCCACAAUACACGGUGGUAGUUGAAAUCAUCAAAGCUGUCUGUUGUCUGAGUGUUGUGAAAGAUUACAUGUUGUUCAGAAAAUAUAAUCUUCAGGAGGUGGUGAAGACUGCUAACGAUCCAUCACAGCCUUCCCCAAAGCUGAGAAAUGGGAAAGAAGCAAGAUUGGAAACUGAUAACAAAUUAAAUCAAAAUGACCCAAAAGAAGGGGAAGAUAACCAACAGGUUGUGCCACAGAAUAAUGAGGAGAAACUAGAAGAAGCAAAACCAGGAUCUGAGACUCAGGUGGAGACUGAGGAAGGCACUAAAGCUGAACCAUCCAUUCAGAUUCAAGAAGGAUCCAAGUCAAAUGAAAAUGAUCUCUCAUAGGAGUCAUUUUGUACUGGAGGUGGGUUUCUCAACUCAAGUUUUGAGAGAUGGUAAUAGGGUUCCUUAUAAAAUUGUGACUUAAGUAUCUUGACCUUUGUGUGCUGCAUCUUGCUGCUCUCACAGCAGUGAGCAGUGAUCCCUUAGCCCUGUCAACAUUUUCCAUGGAGCUCUUUCAGCCCUGAUGGCAGUGUGUGUCGACCUGCGUGCUGUCACAGGCUGGAGGGCGGUGGGAGGAUGAUGUUGCUUCUCCCUGAGGACCUUCAGUCUCCCCUUGUGCUGUACCAGCUGAUUUACAGGAGGGAACAAGCUCUGAGAAGUAGAAAAUCAGAGGGAAAUUUGCAUUCUAAGGAAGGAAUGGAAUUUUAGGUGCCACAACUCAGCUGUCUCCUGCCACUUGGUUGUAAACACUGCGAAAUUAUGCAUCAUGUAGGCUGGAAAUGCAUUGUUGUGAUGAUUUUGUACUUUUUGUUUUCCUUGUGUAGUUAUAUCUGUUUAUGCGUUUCAUUAAUGUUUGUGAUGAACAAAUGUGCUGUCCAUUGCUACAAUUGUCGGUGCAGAACUAUGGACAUUUUUGGUGAGGUUAGUGAUGAAGAAUUACAAUCUUCUAAGUUACUCCUAUAUACAGUACUACUAUAGCAAGAAAUACGAAGCAGUUCUGUCUUUGCAGUGAAAGCUACUUCUCACAGGCUUUACAUGUAUUCAUAAUCAGUUGUCCUGUUCUCGCUAUGCAUUGUCUGUGGCUUUUAACUAAACCACAGUUGUUUGACAAGGAUGUUGAUUAUCUUAAGUAGCUUUUUGAAUAUCAAAACAGAAAAAAACUUGUUUAAAGAGAUUACAUUCAGCAAAAAGGUAUAAGAAGCAAAUUAUUUGGUAGCAGAAGUUAUCCCAGCAAAGGAAAAGGUACAUAGUUGAUGAAAAUUUAAUACCAACAUUAAAAUGCUUGGACAAGUACAAGAAAUUGAAGUCACUGUACUCUCAGUUUAAUAAGUUGACUUACUAAUGCUAUGUCAUAUACUAAAAUGUUUUAUAUAACUAGGAAACCGCAGCCUUUUUAUCUUGGGUACUAUGUCAACAGAUUUCACAAAUAUUUGUCAUUCUGUAACACUUGUAAGAUUUAUAAAUGAUGGUGAAAUUAAACAAUGUUUUCUGAUGUUAUGAGUCUCACAAAACCAAGACCAAUAUAUAUUUAAUGUGUCUUCAUAUCUGAAAACCAAAUGUCUGUCAACUAUACUUCUAGUGUACCGUUAGUAGUUGGCUAUGUAACAGUUUUGCCACAUUUCAAAAGAAAAAAGAAAAGAAAUCCUGUUGUUGACAUUAUAGUAUACAGCUUUUUUUUUCUUCAUUGAGAUACUGAUACCAGAAACUUGGAGAUGAAAUCAAGUUCAAAAAAAUGCUACAGAAGUGGUUAACUUUAGUAAAUACCAUUUAUGCUGCAUCAUUUUUUAAAAUGUCCCUAAAUUAAAAUCAGGGCAAAGAGCAAUAAACUUUCUACUUUGUACAGAAACCUAGUGGCUUCUUAGAGGAAGCAUCCUCAGCGUAUAUUUGAAUAGAGAGAGAAUUGUCAGGGUACUUGCAAGAAAACUAAGUGAGUCUUUCUGAGUACUUUAAAAAUAAAGAAGGACUCCAGAAACUAGUCUGUUUAAUGGACAUUUUCAACUUGUAUCAGUGAACAAGUUUGUACAAGAUUCUAGAGGAAAACCUUUUUUUUUUUCUGAAAGUGAUAAGAAUCUUAGAAGGAAACUGACUCUGAAAAAGUCAUUUUAAGGGUUGACAGUAAAACUCUUAAAAUGUUUCUGCAGUAACUUCCACAUGAAAAUGGAGAAUACAACCAGAGGAUCACUGAGUUCAAGAUCAACCUGAACUACCUAGCAACACCCUGUUUCAAAACAACAAAGAAACAAACAACAAGAAUGAAAAAUUCAGAAAUCUCAAGGCUACCUGGAAGAAAUGCAAAGCCAAAUUAAGUAGAAUUUCCUAUUUUUCUCUGAAAGAAAACUUCACUCUAGUCUGACAUUCUGGAUUUCUCUGCAGUUUCAACUUAAUCCUCACAUUCACUAUGAGGGUUCCCUCAGGGGUUCCCUGAUUGAGAAAGGUGGGAAGUAAUAAACUGUUUAGAUUAUGAAUAUUAGGCUGAGAAAUUAGUUUUUGAGGUAGGUUUAUAUUAGGAAGCAGUAUAAACAUUAAGGCUUCCUGUGUAAGUGGCUAUGUCAGCUUAAUGCCUGUGAACAUGAACAUUUCUACUUUGGGUGAAGGCCUCUGGUUGGUAAACCAGGCUAGAAGGAUUUGGGAGGGGCAGAGAAUACAUAGGACCUGGGUAUUAUACCUAGGGCUGGUACUUUCUUGAGUAUCUUUUUUGAAUUUUUUUUUUUGCUUUUUUCCAGUACCAGGGAUCAAACUCACGACCACCUGCCUGUAAGGCAGUGCUUAUGCCCGCAGAGCUAAAUCCCCAGCCCCUUGAAUUAUCUUUAAAAGUUAACUCUUUUUGUGGAGAUGAAUUUAGACCUUUGCAUAUACUAGGCAAGCCUUGUACUGCUAAACCACAUUCCUGACUUUGUAUUGUUUGAGACUCACUAAAUUGUCUUGGCCAGCCUUGAACUUGUGAUCCUCCUGCUCCAGACUCCCAAGUAGCUGCAAUUACAGGUGUUUGCUGUGGUACCCCGCCCCCAAAUGUUGACUCUUAAUGAUGUUGAAGUCAUAGCAAAAGGAUGAGUAUUAGUAUCAUUUGGAGGAUAAGAAGGAUUUUGGUGCCUUCUUCAGACAUGCUGGAAGACAGAUACUUUAUUGUGAUAGUGCAAGACAAAGGGACUCUGGGAAUAAUUUGUCUGAAUUUCUUUGGCUUUGUGAAGCUGCUACUCUACAGGAAGAUUUUGAUUUUAUUAUUCUUGGCAUUUGUAUUUAUUUGUAUGUGGUAAGAUCUGAGUGUGACACAAGCCAUUGUUCCCAACAUAGACGCUAUGCUUUGUUAGAAUCUGCAUUUACUCAUUAAAAGAUUUAAUUUUGGGUGUA